UGGGAGUCCAGCGACAUAGCCAUUACGCUAACUGCUGGUUCCCAAGACUGUGAUCUUUUUAACGGAUGAGGACUGAGGCUUUGCCUCCUGUGAUUCCAAAGCGGGAUUUCCUGGCCCAGCCAGGACACAGUCCCGCUGAGCCGAUGGUGGGGAGGAGAGGUUCAGGCCAGCCAUGCCUCAGCACUCCUCGCUUCCUCUCUCCAAAGCACAAGCUCAAGUCAGCCCAGAAGGACAAGGUGCGCCAGUUCAUGGCCUGCACACAGGCGGGCGAGGGGGCGGCCAUCUCCUGCCUGACGCAGAGCGGCUGGAAACUGGACGAGGCCACCAACAGCUUCUUCCAGAACCCAGAUGUGGCCCACAGGGAGCCCGUGCAGGAUGUCGUGGACAGGAGGAAGCUGGAGCAGCUGUACAGCAGGUACAGAGACCCACAAGACGAAAACAAAAUUGGAAUUGAUGGGAUUCAACAGUUUUGUGAUGACUUAAGCCUAGACCCUGCCAGCCUCAGCGUUUUGGUGAUAGCGUGGAAAUUCAGGGCAGCAACUCAGUGUGAAUUCAGCAAACAGGAGUUUGUAGACGGCAUGACAGAGCUGGGGUGUGACAGCACAGACAAGCUAAGAGCCCUUCUGCCACGGCUGGAGCGGGAGCUGCAGGACACCACAAGAUUUAAGGAUUUCUAUCAGUUCACCUUCACCUUUGCCAAGAGCCCUGGUCAGAAAGCUCUAGACCUGGACAUGGCCGUCGCGUACUGGAAGCUGGUGCUGUCUGGGAGGUUCAAGUUCCUGGACCUCUGGAGCACGUUCCUACUGGAACAUCAUAAAAGGUCGAUUCCAAGGGACACCUGGAACCUCCUGCUGGAUUUCGGGGACGUGAUUGCGGACGACAUGUCCAACUACGACGAGGAAGGAGCCUGGCCUGUCCUCAUCGACGCCUUUGUGGAGUACGCUCGGCCGGUCGUCACCGGCGGGAAACGCCGCCUUCUCUAGGCGCCAGGGAGGAUGGAGGCGGCGAGGUGAGGGCCCCGCGAGGAGGCACUGUGGCACCUGCUGGACAUCUGUCGCCUAUCAGAGGCCGGCCCUGGCCAGGCAUGGAGCUGCAAGGGCGGGACAUGGUGGCCCUGGGGAUGACAGGCGAUGCUGGCCUUCCCAUUUCCGGCGGAGUCAUCGAGAGCCUGCUCGCCGGGCCGCAGUGUGUGCCCGUGCAGUUGUGUCCAGGGGUCUGGCCCUCCUGGGCCCGCGCGUCCCGUGACCCAGUGUGCUGGCGCCGGGCCGCUGGACGUGAGCUGAAGCUGCCAAAGUACCCGGAGAAGCUCUUGCUGUUUUCUGGACCGCUGCCAGGCUUCGAGAUUUCUGUUUUGAAUGAUCAAAUGCCCAGGUUUAGCCGGUCUAGUUUUGCUCUCAUUUUUUUAGAUGUCACCUGCACGUGGCUUUGUGCUUUAGGGCUGUGGUGGCUCUGGUGACAGCCUGUGCUGCACAGCCCGUCCAGCCCAGGGGCUCCGCACUGAACCCCGGGACUGUAGGAGUGGUCCCGUGACACAUCUCUUCUUAAAUACAUCUUGUCACGUUGGAAAGACAUUUUUUCCACGGAAAGUAUUUCUUCCCUCAGUGACAAGUUUUGGGCUGUCCCCGUCUGUCACCCGUAAUGCCAGCACCCAGGCCCGUGUGCCAUUGCACACACACACAUCCUUUUCCCACCAAGGCUGCCAGGUCA